GAGUGCCCCCGAAAGUCAGAGCAUCGGGAGUUGCUCUACCGGCAAUUCCAAGCAACAAAGGAAUGCAUGGAGUUGACUGGGAAGGCGAUGUCAGAGGAUGCUUUAGAAGGCCUGCACCAUGCUGAGCGCUGCAAAGAGGCUUUGGACGCGGAGAUUUCCAGACCCUUGCGGAAUCUUUGGAUGCUACGCGAGCCGUUGCUGCGCGAUUGCCUUCAAACGCGGCCAAAUUUGAGACUGCUGGCAGCGGUGUGUCACCCACAAUGGCGAAGCCGGAAAGACCAGAGCCAAGCCGGAAGCAUACUCUCAACACUUGGCGACCCCCUCGGCAAAGCUCACUCCGUUGCCAACCAGAGCCGCAGCUUGGAGCAGCGCAACCACCCGCAGAGCAGUGCGAAGUACAGGAGAAAGGCAGAGGGCAGACUGUCCAGACCCAGCCGUUCUCGUUUCUCCGGGGAUUUGGCUGAUGCUGCUGCAAAGGCAGGAAAGCAUGCAAGUGCCCUGAGGAUGUAUGAGGAGCUGUUGGAGCGAUGUCCUGAUGUUGGACGCAUGGCCAUUUUGUGCAGCUUUGUCGUCCUUUUGGACCGCGCCGUGCACCUGAGAUGGUGCGCGAAGCUGAGAGACCUUUCCUCCACGCUGGGAGGAUGA